AUGCCGAAGACUCGUCCUGCCACCUCGGGAUAUGCCCGGCUUGCCCAGGCUGAAGAGGAACGGGGGUACCUUCAAGAUGACUCCGAAGACGACGACAUCGGCGCGCUCUCAACAGCGUCUACCUCCGCUCCCCGAUACGCUCCCGUCUCCUCCAGAGCCCAGAUGCAGGCGUCCGGUCUCCACACUCCCCCAGGCCAUCGACGCAGACACAGUGGUUUCCAGCAUUCUCAAGGUCGUAGGAACUCCGGGGUUGAUAUUAAGGCCAUCAAUGCGCGUCUUGAAAAAUGGGCGGACGAGAUUGCCUCCAAAUUCAAGAUCAACCGUGUCAAGGGCAAAAGCUAUGAAGAAGAGAAGCUGGAGAUUUACCAUUCGGUCUUCCAGGCACCUCCCGGGGUUACCCCCGUGACCGCCGAAGCUCUCGAGUCAGAUGAGUUUGAGGGUCAGCAACGGCGCGCUCGCGCCGAGUACGAGGAGAUUAUCGAAAGUGUGCGUCUCGCGAUUGAAAUGGACGUACAUCCUCGGAUGAUCUCACAAGGAAGUUCGGGGAGCUACUUUGCUCGAAACCCUGAAGGGAAAGUAGUGGGUGUGUUCAAGCCAAAGGACGAAGAGCCGUACGCCUCACGAAACCCUAAAUGGACAAAAUGGCUUCACCGCAACUUGUUCCCCUGCUUUUUCGGCCGCGCGUGUCUUAUUCCCAAUCUCUCCUACGUCUCCGAAGCCGCCGCUUACGUUCUCGAUGCCCGACUCCACACGAACCUCGUCCCCUACACCGGUAUUGUACGACUGUCCUCGAGGUCAUUCUUCUACGAUUUCUGGGAUCGGAGAAAAGCACGGAAAGGCAAAAAAGUCCUGCCUCCCAAGGCUGGCAGUUUCCAAGUCUUCCUCAAGGGAUUCAAGGACGCCAACAUUUUCCUCCGAGAACAUCCCUGGCCUGACCAGGCGAAUACUGGAUUCCGCACCGAGGAUGCCCCGAAGCGCAAGAAGCGGCCAUGGAACGAGGCCUGUCGUCCAUCGGGGGCACAGUCAGACGACGAGGAUGACGAAGAUCCGGGCUAUGUGCCCUCACCCGCCGGUUCGCGCGACGAAAGUGCUGAGCGCCGGUUCUACUGGACCGAGAAUCUCAAGCAAUCCUUCCGCGAAGAGUUGGAGAAACUUGUGAUCCUGGAUUAUAUCAUGCGAAAUACCGAUCGAGGUCUGGACAACUGGAUGGUCAAGAUUGACUGGGGAACAGAGCAGGUUUCUAUCGUGGCAGAGCCCCCAAAACAAACUGGGCCACAGCCUAAGCACGAUGAAGACGAGCUUAUGCCCCCAGCUCGUCCUGUUUCCGUGAAUUCGAAUGGCACUGCCAAUCCCUCAUUCCACCCCUACAAGCGACAUGAAACGAUGAUGGCUAUCAGUCGCACGGGAACUCCGCUAGCGUCAUCGGAACAGUCGGCUUCUGUCCAGCUUGGCGCCAUUGACAACAGUCUGUCCUGGCCAUGGAAACACCCAGACGCCUGGCGCAGUUUCCCCUUCGGUUGGCUUUUCUUACCAGUUUCCUUGAUCGGACAACCCUUCUCGCAAAGAACCCGCGACCAUUUCCUUCCAUUAUUGACAUCCACAGCCUGGUGGAGCGGUACACAGAUGGCCUUGCGUGGUGUCUUUUCGCAAGAUGAUGAUUUCAAAGAGAGCAUGUUCGCUCGACAAAUCGCUGUCAUGAAAGGUCAAGCCUGGAACGUGGUGGAAACACUGAAGCAACCGGAUCAUGGCCCGCUUGAGCUGACUCGACGGACCCGAGUCUGUGUAUGGGAUGACUUGGUUGACGUCCCCGUUGCUAUUCCGAUGCGCGCGCCUUCCACAGACAGGCAAAGGAACCAAUCUAUGAAUUACGACCCUGAUGAAGAAGAGAUGGAUAUCGGUGCAUCCGCAUCUUCCCAACCAAUCCCUGAACACGAUUUAUUGGGAUUGAAUUCGUCGCCAAGCGACCUCCCCAACCCAAACCGGUUCGAACUCACCCGUGGUCGAGCUGACACUAACAGCGAACGUGCUGAUGGUUCUGUUGGUAGCGCUGCGACCAUACAUGACUUCGGCGGCCGAAACACUGGGGGUUCUCUAGAUGGAUGGCCUUCCCUACCCCCCCGCCAGCACAAGCAUCGCAAAAACGGCGGUGCCAUGCCCUUCCGCGUUCCUCAUGUCCACACAUUUGGCAGCGAUGAUCUCGAAGGCGACCUUGGCUAUGCAGUUGCAGAGGGCAUGGAAGGCAACCAGCGCAAGGUGAUCGUUGAGCGCUUGGAAGCCGUCAAGAGCAAAAAUCCUGUUUUCACCUGGUGCUAA